UUCUUCUUCUUCUUCCUGCUUCGGUUUUCCUUCCCCAACAACAACGACGCCGCCGCCGCCGCCGCCGCCUCCAUUUCCCUCCUCGCCGCCGCCGAAUGGGGCCCGCCGGGGGGCUCAUCGCCCUCUCUCUCUGUUUGCAGGUGCUGCUGCCCGCAUUUGCUCAUGCUCUUCAUCACCGGAUCGACGACAGCGCAGGCGGCAUGAUGCCGGAGCUCUCACCCACACCCUUGGUUCCCUUCCUGGCGCCGGCCGGGGCCCCCCUCGCGCCAUUCUUCAACAACACCACUCCUCCAAAGCUCUCAGGCAACUGCUCAUUGAACUUCACUGCUGUGAAUGAGCUCAUCACCACCACCGCUGUCGACUGCUUCGCCUCCUUCGCUCCCUUCCUCGCCAAUGUCAUCUGCUGCCCCCAGCUUCAGGCCAUGCUCACCAUCCUCAUUGGCCAGUCCAGCAAGCAGACUGGCUCCCUCGCCUUGGACCCCACCGUCGCUAACUACUGCCUCUCCGACGUCCAGCAGCUAUUGUUGAGCCAGGGCGCUAGCGACGAGCUCCGCACCAUCUGCUCGCUUCACCUCUCCAACGUUACCGAAGGAUCCUGCCCUGUCAGCACCGUCGAUGCCUUUGAGAGUGUUAUUGACUCCUCCAAGCUCCUCGACGCCUGUCAGAAGAUUGAUCCUGUCAAUGAGUGCUGCAGCCAGACAUGUCAGAAUGCUAUCGAUGAAGCCUCCCAGAAGAUCUCUUCCAAGGAUGCCGGCCUCACCACCUACACUGGUAGCCCCAAACUUGAUAGUUGCAGGAACGUUGUGCUCAGAUGGCUAUCCAGCAGGCUUGGCCCAUCGUCUGCAAAGCAAAUGCUCAGGCAAAUAUCUAACUGCAACGUCAAUGGAGUUUGUCCACUAAGCUUUCCAGACACAAGUAAAGUGGCAAAAGAGUGCAGUGGAACUGUCAAGAACAGUACUUCAUGUUGCAAGGCUAUGGACAGUUAUGUAUCUCACUUGCAAAAGCAAAGCUUCAUAACAAAUUUGCAAGCUUUAGAUUGUGCCCAAUUCCUUGGUGGGAAGUUGCAAAAGAUGAAUGUCAGCAUGAAUGUUUACAGCUCAUGUCAGAUAACUCUUAAGGACUUUUCACUUCAAGUUGGAUCUCAAGAAUCUGGAUGCCUUCUUCCAAGUAUGCCGUCUGAUGCAUCUUUUGACCCAGCUUCUGGGAUUAGUUUCACAUGCGAUCUGAAUGAUAAUAUUGCCGCCCCAUGGCCAUCUUCUAUGCAAGCGUCGUCUUCAUGCAAUAAAUCUGUUAAUAUCCCGGAGAGACCUGCUGCGACAUCAGCACAAAAUGGUGUCAGCCACAACAGAUUGGAGCUUAGCCUACUUAUUUCUUUGGGCACCCUUCUUGUUGCUGUUUCGCUGCAAAUGUAGUCCAGUUAGCCAAUUAUUGAUUUCAGAUUCAGGAGGGCUGAUCGGAAUUGUUAAUUACGGAGUUUUUGUGCUUGAUGAUCACAUCAAAGUGUUGUAGGUUACAUGUGCUUUUAGUCCCUGAUAGCUGUUAGUGUAAUUUCUUGUAAGCUAUAUAAUAGUAGUAAUAAUUUAUUAUGCCUUUGUAUAGAGAGAAAGAAGGGACAAUUUAAAAAGGUGUGAAAUGCGCAGGACAAUUAAUUUAGCGAGACAACUGUUGUCUGAUGGGAGUUACAUCACAUUGCGGAUGGGCUCCAUUAUUGUUUAGCAAGCAUCUAUAUUAUUGAAUUGUUGAUUUUCUGACGAUGUGUGAAGAAGCCUGCUUAAUGAUGACUGAGAAUAUCAUAUCCUCUGUGAAUUUUGAGGUGGCUAUGUACCAUUGAAGAAUUGGACAUUAAUUAGCAGAUGGAGGGAUUCCUGUGAUAAUGUGAAAGUGGCCAGUUGUUGGUCAGG